AGUGGUCGUGUUCUGAACGUAUCGCUAGCCGAAUACAAAGAGUUGUUUCCACGUGGUUCUGGAAAGAUGCCUGAGAAGAAAAUUGGUCGUCGUUUAUCGAAAAAAGGAUUGCGACAGCGUUUACAAGCUGACUUCAGAAUGCUCGAUGCGGCCAUAACCACCGAUCUCCCUAUGAGGAAUUGUGCGAUAUUGAGCAGUAGUUGGUACGUUAAUCCAUGCGUGUUAAUCGAAAAUUGCUCACUCGAUAACUCUUUGGCCAAAUUCGCAUAUUCAUUCGCAUGUCGUCUUGGCCCUCUACUGGGCAAAAUCGGUCAGAUUGAGGAAUUGCGCUUUGGAAAUUGGUUGAGGGAAUUAGUGAUAAACUGA